CACUGCUUGUCCACCUUUCUUUUUGUUGUUUGCUGCAGACGUGAGCGCGUGGCUCGGUGUGACUAAUUUUGUGAAAAAGUCUGAAGUCUCGAAUUUUCCUAGUUUUCAAAGCCAAAAAACAACCGUAAAAAUGAAAAUCUACAAGGAUAUCAUCACCGGCGACGAAAUGUUUGCUGAUACCUACAAAAUGAAGCUUGUAGAUGAAGUUAUUUACGAAGUAUACGGAAAAUUAGUAUCCCGUUCUCAGGGUGAAAUUAAUAUCGAAGGCUUCAACCCAUCGGCUGAGGAAGCUGAUGAGGGCACCGAUUCUGCCGUCGAAACUGGCGUUGAUGUCGUAUUAAAUCACCGUCUGCAAGAAUGUUUCGCGUUCGGAGACAAGAAAUCGUUCACACUCUACCUCAAGGAUUACAUGAAGAAAGUUUUGGCCAAGUUGGAGGAAAAUGCUCCUGAUCAAGUUGAAGUAUUCAAAACCAACAUGAACAAAGUAAUGAAGGAAAUACUUGGACGUUUCAAGGACUUGCAGUUUUACACUGGCGAAUCAAUGGAUUGUGAUGGUAUGGUAGCCAUGUGUGAAUACCGCGAAAUCGACGGUACGAGUACACCCGUUCUCAUGUUCUUCAAGCAUGGACUCGAUGAGGAGAAGUGUUAAAAGGCGAAACACCAAUAAUCACAAUACCUUAUACAAAUAUACAAUAAUUAUUUCUGUUUAGUAAAUAUCUUAAGUUGCAUUUGCGAAAAUUUCCCUUAACAUAUUGUCCAGAUCAGAAGCGAAUUUAAAAAUUGUAUGAUAUAUAUUUUUGGUCUAGCUUUGAAUAUUAUAAACUUUACAACCUAACACUCUUCAUUGUAACUAAAAGCGAUUAUGUAUUUUUGUUUUGUAUGGAAAACGUCCAUUUCUGCCUAAUCAAUUGUGCUAAUUGCUCAAGGCAAUUGAAUUAUUAGAAAAUGAAUCAGUUGAAAGCUUGUGUAUACCUAAUCGAGUAAUUUUUUUU